AUGGCGCCAGAGGUGAAGGCGGUAACGGAGCCCGUGUGGCUGGGCGAAGGCCCGCACUGGUCGCACAAGCACAUGGCGUUAUUCUUUGUGAGCAUCUUCGAUAAGACCAUUCACAAGUAUGUCCCGGCCACCGGAGAGCACACUAGGGCAAAGUUAGCUGAUAUGCCUGGCUUCAUAAUACCGGUGGAGGGUACAAUGGACCAGUUCGUGGUGGGGCUGAAGAGGCGCGUGGUGGUGGUGCAGUGGGACGGGAAGGGCGAGGCGAGAGAGCUACGACAGUUGGCUGAACUCGACCAGGACACUCCGGACAACCGGAUCAAUGACGCUAAGGCUGACCCCAGAGGACGACUGUUUGUUGGUACAAUGGGCCACGAGUAUGAGCCAGGAAAGUUCCAUUUGAAGAAGGGAUCGUUGUACAGGAUCGACUCGGAUGGCUCUGUCCACCACUUGGAGAAGGGUCUGGACAUCUCGAACGGUCUCUGCUGGGACGAGAAAGAAAAGGCAUUCUACUUCGCUGACUCCUUCGAAUUUGCGAUAAGAAGAUACGAUUAUGAUGUUGAAACUGGAAAUAUAUCAAAUCCAAAGUUAAUAUUCAAAUACAAGGACCACGGUCUCGACGGCAUCGUGGACGGAAUGACCAUAGACACGGAUGGAAACCUCUGGGUUGCCAACUUUGACGCAUCACAGGUGCUCAAGAUCGACCCUCGCAAAGGUGUAGUCCUACAAAAAGUUCCCACACCAGCGCUGCAGACCACAUCUGCGACCUGGGGGGGCGAAGCCCUAGACGAGUUGUACGUGACGUCAGCCUGUAUGAACCGCGGCCAGGAACAACUGCCGCCCUGCGGCUCUCUGUUCCUUAUCCGCGGCUUGAAUGCGAAGGGAUUCAAGAAUAAUAACUUUAAGCUUGAUUAAUAAAUAUUAAAUAAUAAUAAUAAUAGAUGAAAAUUAUUUUUAUUUGGAACAAAUAACAUGGUACAGAUGUGUUUGUACGAGACUACAGUUAGUUAUAAAAACUGUGUUGUAGCACUAACGCCUAUCUCCGUUGUAAAACAGAUCAGCGUUCCAUGAAUCUUGAGAUAAUAAACACUAAUUAAACUAUAAUAUUUUAAUGUAUAAAA